AUCCAAAACAAGAAGUGCUUUUUCUGUUCGACUUUGUUUGCUUCUCAGCGCCUUUCAUAAAUCCCAGAAACAUCGCAUAGCACAGCAUCGUCAUCAUCAUAUCACAGCUCAAACAGGAGAGAGAAAGUGGGAAAGAGAAAAAAGAAAAUCUUUUUUUAGAGAGAGAAAAGGAGCAUAGCCCUAGAAAAAAUAUGCAACCAGAUAAGGACUUGUGCAGCUGAGAGACUGCGAGAAAUAGAGAGAGAAAGACCAUCAUUUUUAAUGUUUUGUUUUCAAAUUUGAUUUUUAUUUUACCCUCUUUCUCCAUUGUUGUAGAGUAAUUUGCUUUGCCAAAGAUUUCUUCUUUGCACUCUUACCAGUGAUUCUCUCUCCUCUUUCUCUGUGUGACCUUGCCAGCAAAGUAACUGUUGAACUUUUUCAACUCAAUCACUGGCUUGCGCUUCUUCACAGGUGGACCUGCGAAUGUGCACCACAGCUUUUUGAUCCUGUUUCUCAAAUAGCUAGGUGAUAAGUUUAGGUAAUAUUGAGGGGUCUAAGUUUCUUGUGAAAGAUUUCGAAGUCAUUUGAAGUAAAUGCAUGGAUCGUGGGGACCAAAUGGCGUUAUCUGGUUCUUACUAUAUGCAGCAGAGAGGAAUAGCUGGUUCUGGAGCACAACCAGAGUUACAUGUUUCACCCAAUAUUCGUCCGCUGUCUAAUCCCAAUCUACCGUUUCAAUCUGGCAUUGGUGGUGGUAACAUUGGAUCCUCCUUACCUGUAGAAUCUUCAGCAAUUUCGUCUCAUGGUGUCAAUAUGGGUGCUCCUACUGGGGUACCUCCUGGGGAACCUGUCAAAAGGAAGAGAGGAAGGCCUAGGAAAUAUGGGUCUGAUGGAACUGUGUCGCUGGGAUUGAGUCCAACUCCAACAUCGUCAAGUCAUUCUGGAGGCUUGUUACAAAGCAGCCCGAAACGAGGCAGAGGCCGCCCGCCUGGGUCCGGGAAGAAACAGCAAUUGGCUUCUCUUGGUGAAUUGAUGUCUGGUUCGGCUGGGAUGGGAUUCACUCCUCAUAUCAUCAACAUUGCAAGUGGAGAAGACAUUGCAACAAAAAUCAUGGCGUUUUCUCAGCAGGGGCCUAGAGCUAUAUGCAUUUUGUCAGCCAACGGUACUGUCUCAACUGUCACUCUUCGUCAGCCGUCAACUUCAGGUGGCACUGUCACAUACGAGGGGCGCUUUGAGAUAUUGUGCCUGUCAGGUUCUUACUUGCUCACUGAUGUCAGCGGUUCACGCAAUCGAACUGGUGGACUAAGUGUGUCCCUUGCUAGUCCUGAUGGUCGUGUCAUUGGUGGGGGAGUUGGUGGAGUGCUUAUUGCUUCAAGUGCUGUUCAGGUGGUAGUUGGGAGCUUUCUAUGGGGUGAAUCAAAGACAAAGAACAAGAAAAAGGAAGGCUCAGAAGGUGAAGUUGCUGUGGAGUCAGAUCAUCAGGGAGUUCAUAAUCCAGUUGCACUGAAUAGCAUUUCACCAAAUCAAAACCUGACUCCAACCUCGUCCUUAAGUCCUUGGUCAACAUCGCGUCCCAUGGAUAUGCGCAAUUCGCAUGUUGACAUUGAUUUAAUGCGUGGUUGAGAGUUUGUUCCAUAUACACUAGUGCUGUGUAUAUAUUUCAAAUUCAUGGUCUCUCAUCUAAUUUUCUUGUAAUAGUAAUGACAGAAUGGGAAGUACCAACAACAGGGUAGAGCCAGCUGACUUUUGCAAUUGAUAAAUCUCACUUUUCCACCCAUGAUUGACUUGGGGUUGUACUAAUAUUUUUGUAGCUGUGAGGAAGUUUAAUUUGAAGAUUUUAUGUUCCUCAUUGGUGAUGAUACCCUCUAUUAUGCCCUAUUUUGAAAAAUUAUUGACAUUGUGCUAUAUGUUUUAUGUGGUUUAGGAGCAUCAAUUAUGACAUAAUUUCAUCUGAAUUUUGUCAUAGAACUGUCUUUUUGAAAGCAAUGACAAAGGGAACAUGAAGAUUUAUU